GUCCCCCCUUCCCCUUGACAUAUCCUCGCACCUUUCGCCUGCCCUCUCACCGCGAUGACCGACACGGUGGUCUUCCUCCGGCACCCGGACGAGUCCCAGGGGUAUUUGGCCGCGCUGGGCGCCGGGCCGCUGGCCGUUGCCGAGCACCGGUGCAUCCCACUUCUGCGGUACCGGUACUUGGAUGAGGCCAUUGACCGGCUCUCCGAGUCCAUUCUUUCCUUGGCGGGCAAGGGCCCGGGGCCCUCGGCCAUCAUUUUGACAUCCAUCCAUAGCGUGACAGCCGUGAAGCAGGCUUUGGAUCGGCUGCGGGCCCGUCUGUCCCCGGAAGAGAUGACCAGCCUCCUGGGCCGGGUGGCUCGGCUGCCGAUCUUUGCGGUCGGCCCGGCCACCGGGGCCGCCGCGCGCCGGGACCUCCAGGACCCGCUGCCCGGGGGAGCCCUGCCACCACUGCAAGUCCUCGGCGAGGACUCCACCACCGGCGGGCAGCUGGCCCGCGUGGUUAUUUCGUAUGUCGAGCAGCUGGCCGAUGCGCCGGGGGAAUGGACCGCUCUUUUCCCCUGCUCAUCCAUCCGCCGCGAGGAGUUGGCCACCAAGCUGGCACGGCUCCCGGUCACCGGCUCCAGGGGGCAGCAGGUUGUCAUUUCCCUGACGGAGGUCCGGUCCUAUGAGACCACCUUCGAUGAGCAGGGCGGCCAGGCCCUGGGCCAGCUCCUGCAUGAGCGUCUCGCAUCGGGCCCCGGUGGCCGCCUGUGGCUGGUGUUUUUCAGCCCCUCAGGUGUGCUCUUCGCCGACCCAAUCAUCCGGCCAUUUGCCUCGGCCAAUGACCCGGGCCAGGCCCUGCAAUUGGGCUCCAUCGGUAGCACCACCACGCGGGAGCUCCGAGAGCGUGGCUUCCGGGUUUCCUCAACGGCCACCAGCCCGACGCCAGCCGGCGUGGCCGCCGCCCUGGGGCAAACAUUCGCCGACCUGGGAAGCCAAUAAGAGACGCACCUGUGCCGGCGUCUCGCUGCCCGCAACCACACCCCAUGUCGAAAGUGUAGGGGGGAGGGGGCAUCCCAGGAGCAGGCGGCAGGAAAAGAAAAGGAAGGCGAAGAGAAGAAGGCAGAAUGCAUUCACGUCGAUAAGACUGGGGGGGGGGGGGGGGGUGUCGGUGUGUAUUCA